UGAGCACUCUGUUUCUAACAGCUGUUGCAUAUCGCAAAACAACCCUCAACGCGGAAAUAGCAUUAUAUUGCAUUGCUAUGCAUUACCGUUAAAGAAGUAAAAGGUAAUAAAGCCGAAAAUAUUCUUACGAAGCUCUAAUAUAUUUAAUUAAACAAAUUCGUGAAUUCAAAUGCAUUAAUCCAAGCUAUGUGGUUGCCGAAUGAAAAAGUGUCAUUGUCAAAACAGCUACAAUGCUUCAUAUGGAAUAUCCUCAUCAAGCUAUCUACGCGCCGUUAAACCAGGUGAUUACUGAUUCCGACGAGGAAUCAGAGGAGGAAAUUCACAACAGUAUAAAACAUUCAAAGCAAAAAAUAUACCAGCAACAACAGGUAAAUCAAAACGCAUGUAUUGUUAAAAAGGAGCCUCCCAGAAGUCUCGCACUACGCCAAUUACAGAACGACUUGAAUACUACUCAUCUUAAGUGUCACGAUUCGCUUGUUUCAUCGAAAACAGGAAAUAAUUCACUAAACAACAAGGGACAGGAGCGAAGACCCAGCAGUUACACGACCAACAUGCAAAACACUUUUCGUUCCGUGAUGAUGUCCGAUAUCGGAUUAAAUGACCAGGCCAGCAGUUUUUCAAGUUUCAAUAGCGACUAUGAUGAACGUAACCAUCUUGAUGCUGAUAACGUAGCUAUUUUGGGACGCGGCAGCUUGAAGGAUCUCAGCACACAUGAACCUAUGACACCGGCACGACGUUGUUGUUUCAUAUCUUCGUUGCUUUUAUGUGUGUUUGCUGUUUUUGGUUUUGUUUGGUUGGUGCCCUGCAAUAAAUCAUGCCCCGCACCUGUAGAUCAAAUACGAACACACAAUUGGCUCAACAACUACACAAAUAUCGAACUGAAAGGCGGUGUUCACGUGGUGGGCGGCUUACGCAGUUGGGAAAAUAAUUUAAUAUUCUUGUAUCGCGGUGAUGAUUUCUUCCCGAAUAACAACAACGCCAAACGCAAUGGCAUUAUAUCGCUAAUUGGCAGUUCUGGAGCUGUAGCCUGGUACGAUCAAAUGGUUGACGAACCUGUAGCCAUUGAUUGCACACUAAUAGACGUAGAUCAAAAUGGACGUUCCGAUUGCUUAGUGCUUGAUGAAUUAGGUAAAUUGGGCGCAAUAGAUCCAAUUUCCGGUAAAUGGUAUUGGCAUUAUAAAGAACGUUCACCACACAGAGUAGAUGCGUUGGAUUUCCCCGUAAUACUGCCAGAUUUAGAUGGCGAUGGCGUUUUAGAGAUAUUAAUGGUAACUAGCAUCCCUUAUGAACUGCGCACACGCAAUCUUGUGCAUAAAGGUGAACUGCGUGCUGGAAAUCAUCGGGUCGAAGAGAGAAAUUUCUUACGUAUACUCUCCGGCCGCAGUGGCAAACCAAUGGGUGAUGGCUUUAAGGUACAGGAUUGCGAUGUGUUGCACAAGUUGCAAUUGGAGAACUCUCAAAAGGUAACAUUCAAUUGUUGGCGCAAUAAUACCGAAGCGCAACGUUCGAAAAGUUUAGCAGACUUAUUUGCCUUAAUAACAAAUAAAUCGAUUGCAACGGGCCAAAAGCUUAUGCCCGCUUCCAAAAUUGCGCAGCACCGCCACUAUGGCCAACGCAAAGAAACCGACGCGCAACGCAACAUUUACUCGCUCAGUGGGCGUGAACUGAUCGUGGAAAAUCGCGGUAAGUGCCCAGAUGAUUGCAACGUCACGUUCGUGCUACGCGAAACACACGGCAACAAAACUACCGUCCUGCGAAACUUCACCAAUUCCGCAAUGUUUGGCAUGGUGCCGGCACAAUGGCAUUUCAAAAAUACCAAAAAUGAAAUGUCAGGUUUUGUUAUGAAAUUUUGGAAUUGGAACAACCAAAAGGAUGCACUUCGCACACCAAGCAAGGUUGAGCCCUCAACCAAAGCAAACAAUGCGCGCAAUAGCGCCGCAACGGCAAACAAAAAGGCCAAAACUCACAUUGGCAAGGAGAAUGCCACAAAAACUACCAAACAGAACCACAUCACGUCAAAUAAGACAAAACGUCAAAGUGAUAAUGAUAAAUUACACAACGAAGAGCUGGUACAUGACUUCCCCACGAAGGCGUUUAGCGCAUUUGACUAUCUCAUACAAAAGCGACACACCUACACAUUGCCACUAGCUGAACAGAAUGUCACCCGUCGGCGACGUAGCAGUAACAGUAAUUUACUGCUGAAUAACUACAAAAUGCAUAUGAUUACAGAAACUGUAAUGUUGGUCAUAUUCACCGGCGCUGAUUAUCGCAUCGAAAACACCUCACAGAGCAAUAUUGUACAAUUCUGUCGAAAUGAUCAUAACGAAAUUGUAUGCCAGCCGGAUCUGAAUAACCAGGAGAACUCUAUGCUCAUUGCUGAUUUCGAUAUGGAUGGCUCACAAGAAUUGGUUUCGUAUUCGUCGACUUUCACAGAGCAUGGCGAUGACCCUGAAGAUUGGCAGUUGGUAACAUAUGUACGUUUGUUGCGCCUACAGGCGGAGAUGCCAGUUGUCUAUGGCGAGAAAUUAGUUGAAUAAAAUAUAUUAAAAGGAAAUGGGAC